AUGAGCCGUUUAGAAAAAAUUGCCCCAAAAAUAAAAGCACAAAUGAUGAAAAGAGGGACGACAAUGGUUGGAUAUCAACCAGAUGAACAUAAAAAACGUCCAAAUUUUUUCCGAAUGGUUAUUUCGAAUUCUAAUGUUCAGGUUGAUUUGGACUUUAUAAUUGAUGAAAUAGUUAAUUUGGGGUAUGAUUUGUGA